CACGAGACUUCUCACGUUAUUUGCACAUUUUUGUUGAAUAAUUUCGUUACCGUGCCAGGAACGGUUUCAUAUUUCAGCCCAGCCUCAGAAUUACCAUGAGGCGCAUGCGGGUGUCGGAGGAAGAGAUUACUGGGUGCACUUCCACUCAUGGUUAACCCAAAACGGCCUCGUUUAUUGGAAGUAUGCAUAUAUGACAGCUUUGCUGCUGGAGACUGUCGCGUCUCGAACGUCUUGCUUUUAUUCUCCUUUGUCAUCUUAGUGAGCUUAACGUGAUUUUCCCUGCUCUGAUAUAAAAAGACCUUUAUUAAAAAAUGCGAUGCAGAAGUGAUUUUGAAGAUGGAUCCAAUCAUUUCUAAUUUAAAGAUGGAAUCUAAUAAAACAGAUGACUCCAGUUCCAGUACCACCCAUCUGUAUUCCCAGCCACUCUUGCAGCAGCACUUGGGCCAGGAUGAUAAUGGCAUUCCUACUGUCCAUGUAAGGCCGUUUGUAUCAUCCUCACAUAAAACCACUUUUAAAAUGCCAUCUUCAAGCCACAGCACAAAUUACUCGUACUGGUCUUCUCAGCAGCAUGUGCCAGCCACAUCUUGCCUGGACACACAAAGUUGUCUAGACACAAAGGACUGUCAGUCUGUCCGGAGGUGCUCCUCGCUUUCCAACUUAUCAUUAGGAACUGAUACGUGCAAUACUAGCACAGCAGGAUAUCGGUACAACCCAAAUGCACAAGGAUCCCUAGAUCGAGUUCUACAGCAUAGGCAUAGAAGGGUACCUCAAGUUUCAGAUGUCGACUUAUAUUUACCGUUACUUUCUCCUACAGCCUGCAGUAGCUUACUCCAGCACUCGCCAGGUGCCAGCACAGGUUACCAGUACAACAAUUGCAGGCUAUCCACUGGUUUGGAGGCAGAUAUGUCCCUUUUCUCACCUCUGUCUUCACCAGUGAAACAAUACAUGGACUACAGUAUUUAUCAUCUCAGCUCAUACAACCAAAUGGACUCUCCACUGGGUCAUCAGGCUAAUAGAACCUCCCCAGUUCAACUUGAAGCGCGCACCCAGAUGUGGCUGACUGAGCACAUGGAGCACAGGCUCAAAGGAAAGUGUGGAGGUGAACUUGGUCAGAACAGUGAUACUGGAACAGAGGGCUGCGGUGGAGAUGAGCAGUCACUAUGGCAACAGCGACAUCAAUGUGAUCCAGGGUUUAAACAGAUGCUGAGAGGGACCUCCCUGCCUGUCAACAAUCUGGUCAAGAUAAAAGAGGAUCUACUGAGACAAAGAGAGCAACAGAUAAAUAGACAAAAGCUACAGAUCUUGCUACUACAUGCGCGGAUCAGAGAUAACGAACAGAAAAUACAUCAGGUCUUAAAGAGCCAGAGAAGGUUGUUUGAUGACUCUCACACCCGAAACAUCCAGGACUCAACAAUGAGAACUUCACGCAAGCAGCCACCUGAUCAGUUGUCCUGUGAUGAAGAACUUGUUAAGAAAUUAGCUGUGGCUGAACUUGAAAUAAUCCAUUUCAGCAAAGCCUUCAAGCAAAUUACUCAGAAAUAUUCAGAGGAUAUCAGAAAACUGGAGGAAAGGAUAAAAACGAGGGAUCGCUACAUCAGUAGUCUAAAAAAGAAGUUUCAGCGAGAGAGCAACCAAAACCAAGAAAACCGGCAACGCAUAGAAACACUGGAGAAAUACCUUUCUGACCUGCCAACAUUAGAUGAAGUACAGGUCCAGGCCAAGAGGCAGGAGGAGGCACAGCAGAAAUGCAAGAAACUGGAGAAAAUAGUGUCUCACCUAAAAAAGAGCCUAGAGGAAGGAUGUACUUUGAUGAAGGACAAAGACAUCGAGAUGAAGAUGCAGGCAAAGAGAGAAAAAGAAUUGAUUGCAUCUGUACAUAGUCUACAGCAAAAGGUGCAGCAGUGUUUGGAUGAUGGGGUGAGGCUACCUAUGCAAGACUUGAAGCGGCUUGAGGUGGAAAACUAUCAGCUUGUUGAGCAGCAAGAUCACAGCAGCAAGCUGUUUAAGCAUCAACGAGAACAAAUUGAGAGACUGACCUCACAGCUCAUGUCUACCAGCACAACACUGCAGAAGAAAAGAGGCCUUUCUCGUCAGCAAUAUUCUUACCUUCCAGAAAAGGGAAAAAGCCUGAAUACACCCAGUACAGCCUUCCUUCAGCAGGUGAUGGAUGAAGGGUUGCUGGUGUCUCCUUUAGCCCAUGUGGAAAUUCCAGAAGUGGACCAGCUGCUGAAAGAGAUGUCCCUUUGUCUACUGGACCUCCAGGGUCUCUGCAGCAUCCUGGCUCAGAGAGCGCAGGGGAAAGAGCCCAACCUGUCUUUGCUUCUAGGAAUGACAUCACUGACCUUUUCAGCAGAGGAGAGUAACUGCAAAGUGGUGGCAGUGGAAGACAAGUUAAGGUUAAAGCUACUGGAAGUUGGCCAGCUGAGGAAAGACAUCGAUGCGCUGAGGAAAAGCAUCUCAGACUGCUACGAUCAGUUUAUGGGUGACUGCAUUUCUCAGUGACUUCCUUUCACAUUCUGUACUUCGCAGAGAAAGAAUGCAAAAUGAUACUUGUAUGAUCACUGUGUACAAGUAACUGACAUCUCCCUUUGGAGCUGAGUGGACAGCACGUUCACAUAUAUAUGGGACAACCCCAAACUUCCUGUCAAAAAGUAUCCAGGUGGAGCGCGUGAAUAAACAAGGACAAUGUUUGUUAAUGUUUUCCUAAACUGUUUAAUAAGCUUUUAAAAAAUCUGUUUUGAGGAUCUGCUAAUUUGGAAAGACAGCUGCUUGGAAAGACACUGGGAUCCCAAAGGCCCAUCUGUAUAGUUUCUCCAGUAGUCAGCUAAUCGUGUUGCUGUUGCUGGAUGCAGCUCGUAUUUUAAUACAUGGCAGGAGCUCUCUGAUGUCAGGUCAAUAAAGAGAGAUCGUAGGAAGGAACUGAAUGUAAUUGAGUUACUAUAAACACAUGUGUUAAAGAGAAUAUAUACAAAUAUAAAGCAAACAAUAUUUCAAGUAUAAAACAGUAAUUCUUGUAUUGCACUUAAAGUAUGAAAAGAAUAUUAUUGUCCCCCUGAAAGCACUGAGUACGUGAUUGGUUCCAUUUGUUUGUGUUUGUUAGCAGUCUAGCAUCUGAUGAUAGACACCAACAGCUCGAGCUGAUUGAAAACAAGAACAAAAAAGUGACAUCAAAUGUCCAAAUCAGUAAAACUUUAUGUCACUCACAAUUUUUAAAGAUUGUUUUCAAACUUCACAACAACAUACGAGGCCUUUGGGGACAUGAGUACCUAAGCUGGCUAAGCAUUUGACCUUGAUCUUCAUUUACAGUCAAAGUUGACCUUCAAGAAACAAAUGAGACCGUACUGAGCAGUAUAUGGUAUAUAUGAGGAGAGAACUGUACAACACACCUCUUAUUUUUUUUCAGUACAAUGGCCUACAACAUCACAACGAUUCCAUAAUAUGCCUACAUCAUUAUAAUGUAAUAAAAACAUCAUGAAACAGAUUUAGUACGUGCUCUCUGAGUGAUCUUGUUGAAAUAUAUACUGCACUUGUGAAUAAGGCAGAUUAUGGCAGGAAAGACGCAAAUGUGAAAGCUUGUUGUGUGUGUAUG